AUGUCGGCCUUUUUGGAGUACAGAUUCUUUUGGAGGGAAGUCGUUGCUGCAGUGGACGCUGUGAUCUUUACUGACAUUUACAAGCUAAUGCUUUUCAGCCCAGUUCAGUUAGAGCUACCAACUCAACCGGAGACCUACCCGGUUUCAUCUGAUGUCAGCUCCGGCCCAGAGGUGCACAUGUCCGCCCCCACCCCUUGCCUACAAGGUCGAUACUGCGGCUCGUGUCUAGCAGCAGUCGCCGCUGAGGAGGAGCCGAUCAGCUCGGACGCCGCUGCCGCCGCCGUCAUGCUGCGAGGUGAGGGUGCUACGUUUGAUGAAUUAAAGUGGGAGAAGGAGGAUUCCUUAGCAAACGGCGCGCGUGGAAAGAGGUCAAGCAGCCGCUCCAAUGCGAAGCACAGGGCGGUGUUCGCCGUCCUUUUCUGCCUUCUGCUUGCGUACUCCGCUUACGCCACGCUGCUGCUGUACAGCUACUCACGGAGCCCAGAUGCCGCCCCACAGCCACGCGCACCUUACAUCCCAAACGACAUCGAGGAGCUCUUUGACUUCGUUACCUCCGUCAAGGCAUCCUGCCACAAACCGCUGACCGUCGACGGCAGUGCAUAUCGGGAAGGAGAAAACCGCUCGCUCUCAGGACAUGAAGGUACAUACAUCUGCUUGGAUGGUCUGCCGAAGACCCCAGACACAUGCAGACUCUAUGCAUUUGGCGUUAAUAGGGAAGACAUUAAGUUUGAAAUGGAGAUGGGGAAGCGUGGCUGCCGGGCCCACAUAAUUACGCCUCUGACGGAAUACAGCUACUCUAAGCUGGGUGUCAAUACCUACCUGUACCCACUUCAGCUGACGAAUGCGACUGGUUUAGGAUUUUACACGCUGGAUAGUUUCAUGAAUCUUCUAAACCAUAUGUGGAAACCCAUCCACUACGUGAAGACUACCCUGGCCGGGACGGAGUGGACCUUGCUCUUUAACCUCUUUACCUCCAGCUACCAGGCCUAUUUUAACGUCAAGCAGGUUCGACUUUUGCUCCAUCUCCCUCCUGCCACCGAUGAAAAUCUCCAAAGACUCACUGACAUGUACCGGAUGUUGAUCGGCCUCGAGUACUACGGCUUCAAGUUGGUUUACUCACGCCCACUGCCCGACACGCAGUACUAUCAUGCUUACUUCGAACGUCAUCUCUACACCAAGUAUGAAACAGUGUGGAUUCGGCGUUGAAUAGUGUUGUUGAGGACACUGAAAACAAUAUUAGACGUUAAACAAAAAUACGAUUUCGAGGGCACAGAACUUGUAAAAAGCUAUUUAAAAGGAAGAUAAUAAUGACAAAGAAACAAAUAAAAACUAAUUUGUUGUCAGGAGUCAUAACGUGACUAAUCAAAUGGUGCAGUUCAUGGUAAGCCGUGCCUACAUAGACUUUAAUCUUACGUAGAAUAUAAUGGUGCUUUGUGUGUCUUGCCUUAAACGUGAAACUUACUUUUUUUUGCAUUAUUUGUUUCCAUGUAUCUUUUAAUAAAUUAUUUACAUGUUUUGAAUGAAUACUGUUAUUUGCAGUAUUAAAUGCUUAAAUAUUA